AUGUCUGACAGUAAAUUUUUUGCUAAACGAGCUGUCAUGACCAGUAAAAAUGGAGAAUUAACGUAUCUAGGUCACUCUCAUGUCGCAGGUUUACUGUACAUAGCUGACAUCCGAGUUGAUUUCACAGUUGAUUCUCACUGCCAGAACACUUCUACAAAACAUACAGGACAUCUUUGUAUUAGCUCCAUUGCAAAAAAAUAUGCCUACCGAGCUCAGUGA